GAGGUGUCCCCAGAUGAAGACCUCACCCUCAUUGCUGCGCGUGUUGUAAACUGAGCCUGUGUUUCGGUUACGCUGCAGAUGGCUUCAUUUCCAGACUCGGACCUGCAGACGUGCCCGCUCUGCAAGGAGCUGUGCGGCUCCUCUGCUCCCAUCUCCUCCAGCUCGUCUACCUCCUCAUCUUCCUCGCAUACCUCGUCCUCCUCCAGCCAGACCACCAGGAGACUCCACGUCCUGCCCUGCCUCCAUGCCUUCUGCAGGCAGUGCCUAGAGGGCCAGCGCAGUCCCGGAGACCCGCUGAAGCUGCGAUGCCCCACCUGCGACCAGAAGGUGUCCAUUUCUGAGGCCGGAGUGGACUCCCUGCCUUCCUCCAACUUCCUCUUCAGCAACCUGCUGGACGUGGUGGUGAGCUCUGAGGAGCAGAUCCAGAAUAAGAACGGCCAUCACCACCGGGGAGGCUUAGGUGGAGGCUCCUCCGGCUUCCAUCACCCACAUGGAGGUCUGUUGCAUCCGCACCACCUGGGAGAGCCUCAGUGCAGCUCCUGUGAUGAGGAGAACCCAGCUACCUCCCACUGCCUUGACUGCCAGGAAUAUCUGUGUGACAACUGUGUGCGGGCACACCAGCGGGUGCGGCUGACCAAGGACCACUUCAUUGAACGCCUGGGAGAGAACCUCCACCUGGGCCGGGUCAACGCCAACAGCAACUCGGGCCAGCCGGGGGUGUCGGUGUCCCUCGCCCAGUCCCUGCAGAACAACUUCGCCCUGCUGUCCCUGUUCCAGGACCGCAUGAGCUUCUGCCAACACCAUGACAAUGAGGUGUUUCUGUUCUUCUGUGAAACCUGCUCGGUACCUAUCUGCAGGGAGUGCAGCGUGGGCCGUCAUAUGGGCCACACCUUCGUUUACCUGCAAGACGCCGUGCAGGACUGCAGAGCCAUCACCAUCCAGCUGUUGGCAGAUGCGCAGCAGGGACGACAGGCCGUGCAGCUAAGCAUGGAGAAGGUCCAGGCCAUGGCAGAGCAAGUGGAGAUCAAGGCUAAGGUGGUGCAGACUGAAGUGAAGGCCCUUGUUCUGAGACACAAGAAAGCGCUGGAGGAGAGGGAGUGUGAACUACUGUGGAAGGUGGAGAAGAUCCGCCAGGUGAAGGCCAAGUCUCUGUACCUGCAAGUGGAAAAGCUGCACCAGAGUCUGACCAAGUUGGACAGCACCAUUGCUGCCGUCAGCCAGGUGCUGGAUGAGGGCCGCCACCUGGACGUGCUGCUGGCCAGGGAGCGAAUGCUCACCCAGAUCCAUGAACUGAAGGCCCUCAGAGGCCUGCUUCAGCCGCAAGAGGACGACCGCUUCAUGUUUACUCCUCCAGACCAGGCUCUGUACAUAGCCAUCCAGUCCAUGGGUCUGAUCAGUAGUGGAGCCUUUGCCCCAGUCACCAAAGCCCACGGUGAGGGUCUGAAAAGUGCACUUCGUGGCAAGCCCUCCUCCUUUACUGUGAUUGGAUAUGACCACGAUGGUGAGCCACGUCUUUCCGGCGGGGACGCGGUGUCUGCAAUUGUCAUGUCAGUUGGCGAUGGUAACCUGUCUGCAGCAGAGGUGACAGACCACCAGAAUGGCUCGUACACCGUCAGCUACGUGCCCAAAUGCGAGGGGGAACACCUUGCGUCGGUGCUGGUGUGUAACCAGCACAUCCAGGGCAGCCCCUUCAAAGUGAUCGUGAAGUCAGGGCGGAGCUACGGGUCGUUGGGAUCUCAAGUUUCAUCCUUCGGGUGCGAGGGGGAGGGAGAUGGUCAGCUCUGUCGUCCCUGGGGCAUCAGUGUGGACAAGGAGGGAUACGUGGUGGUGGCUGAUCGCAGCAACAACCGCAUACAGAUAUUCAAGCCUUGUGGUGCCUUCCACCAUAAGUUUGGCUCUCUGGGUUCUCGGCCUGGUCAGUUUGAUCGUCCAGCUGGGGUUGCAUGUGACAGUCAGAGACGAAUCAUUGUGGCUGAUAAGGACAAUCACCGUGUGCAGGUGUUUACUUUUGAGGGCCAGUUCCUGCUGAAGUUUGGGGAAAAGGGUACCAAGAAUGGGCAGUUCAACUAUCCCUGGGAUGUGGCUGUCAACUCUGAGGGUAAGAUCCUGGUCUCAGACACCAGGAACCACCGUGUGCAGCUCUUCGCCCCUGACGGCUCUUUCCUCAACAAGUACGGCUUUGAAGGGGCCCUGUGGAAACACUUUGACUCUCCCAGAGGAGUGGCCUUCAACCACGAAGACCACCUGGUGGUGACCGACUUCAACAACCACCGGCUCCUGGUCAUCCGACCGGACUGCCAGUCAGCGCGCUUUCUGGGCUCUGAAGGCACCGGGAACGGGCAGUUUCUGCGGCCCCAGGGCGUCGCCGUGGACCAGGAGAACCGCAUCAUCGUGGCUGACUCCCGCAACCACCGAGUUCAAGUGUUUGAGCCCAAUGGAAACUUCUUAUGCAAAUUUGGCACACAGGGGAGUGGCUUUGGACAGAUGGAUCGCCCCUCCGGUGUGGCUGUGACGCCUGACGGAGUCAUUGUGGUCGUUGACUUUGGAAAUAAUCGCAUCCUCAAAUUCUAA